ACCUUCGAGGAGGUGGCUGUGUAUUUCACCAGGGAAGAGUGGGCUCUGCUGGACCCCGCUCAGAGAGCCCUCUACUGGGAUGUCAUGCAGGAGAACUAUGAGAAUGAAGUCCUCAUGGGAAAGAGGAAAAAUACAUGCACUGAGUGUGGAAAAACCUUCACUUGCAGCUCAGCCCUUUCUGCUCAUCACAGAAUCCACACAGGGGAGAGGCCCUAUGAAUGCUGUGAGUGUGGAAAAACCUUCACUUGCAGAUCAGCCCUUUCUGUUCAUCAGAGAAUCCACACAGGGGAGAGGCCCUAUGAAUGCUGUGAGUGUGGAAAAAGCUUUAUUACCAACUCAGACCUUUCUAAACAUCAGAUAAUCCACACAGGGAAGAGGCCCUAUGAAUGCAGUGAGUGUGGAAAAAGCUUCUCUAUCAGCUCAGCCCUUUCUGUACAUCAGAGAAUCCACACUGGGGAGAGGCCCUAUGAAUGCAGUGAGUGUGGGAAAACCUUCAAUCACAGCUCAGCCCUUUCUCGACAUCAGAGAAUCCACACAGGGAAGAGGCCCUAUGAAUGCAGUGAGUGUGGGGAAAAAUUCAGGCGCAGCUCAGGCCUUAUUAGGCAUUGGAGAAUGCACACAGGGGAGAGGCCCUAUGAAUGCAGUGAGUGUGGAAAAAGCUUUAUUACCAGCUCAGACCUUUCUCAACAUCAGAGAAUCCACACAGGGGAGAGGCCCUUUGAAUGCAGUGAAUGUGGGAAAACAUUCACUUACAGAUCAAAUCUUUUUGUUCAUAAGAGACUCCACACAGGGGAGAGACCCUAUGAAUGCUGUGAGUGUGGAAAAACCUUCACUUGCAGAUCAGCCCUUUCUGUUCAUCAGAGAAUCCACACAGGGGAGAGGCCCUAUGAAUGCUGUGAGUGUGGAAAAAGCUUUAUUACCAACUCAGACCUUUCUAAACAUCAGAUAAUCCACACAGGGAAGAGGCCCUAUGAAUGCAGUGAGUGUGGAAAAAGCUUCUCUAUCAGCUCAGCCCUUUCUGUACAUCAGAGAAUCCACACUGGGGAGAGGCCCUAUGAAUGCAGUGAGUGUGGGAAAACCUUCAAUCACAGCUCAGCCCUUUCUCGACAUCAGAGAAUCCACACAGGGAAGAGGCCCUAUGAAUGCAGUGAGUGUGGGGAAAAAUUCAGGCGCAGCUCAGGCCUUAUUAGGCAUUGGAGAAUGCACACAGGGGAGAGGCCCUAUGAAUGCAGUGAGUGUGGAAAAAGCUUUAUUACCAGCUCAGACCUUUCUCAACAUCAGAGAAUCCACACAGGGGAGAGGCCCUUUGAAUGCAGUGAAUGUGGGAAAACAUUCACUUACAGAUCAAAUCUUUUUGUUCAUAAGAGAAUCCACACAGGAGAGAGGCCCUAUGUAUGCAGUGAGUGUGGGAAAACCUUCAAUCACAGAUCACACCUUCUUACCCAUCUCAGAAUCCAUACAGGAGAGAGGCCUGCAGUGAUUGUGGAAAAAACUUCAUUCACCGCCAGCAGCUUAUCAGCCAUCAGAGAAUCCACACAGGUAUGCGACCCAAUGGAAGCAGUGAGUGUGGGAAAACCUUGUCUUGCCACUGAGCCCAUGUGAGCCAUCAGAGAAUCUGCAAGGGGGAUCAACACCA